CGCGCCGCGCGCCGCACCAACGGUGGCGAACCGCCCCGCGGGCCCCCGCCCCUCGGCCCCCGCCCCCUUCCACCCCCAUCACCUGCGCCCCCGCGGCUCGCCUGCUGCCGCACCCCUCGCCGCCACGCCCCGCACGCCGCGGCCCAUGCGGGCUCGCCGGCGGGCUGCUGCGCCGUCACCACCUCCCACAACAUAGGUCGCGGGCAGGCGGGCGCGCUGCCGCCCGGGGCCGGCAGCAUGCUGAUCGCGUGCGCGGGCUGCGACAAGCCCAUCCUGGACAAGUUCCUGCUGAACGUGCUGGAGCGCACGUGGCACGCCGACUGCGUGCGCUGCUGCGACUGCCAGGCGCCGCUGGCCGACAAGUGCUUCAGCCGCGAGGGCAAGCUCUUCUGCAGGAACGACUUCUUCCGCCAGGGCAUCUCGCCCUCCGACCUGGUGCGCAAGGCGCGCGACAAGGUGUUCCACCUCAACUGCUUCACGUGCAUGGUGUGCCGCAAGCAGCUCAGCACCGGCGAGGAGCUGUACGUGCUCGACGACAACAACGGACAGCAGGACGACUCCGAGGACCAAGGGUCGCUGGACGGCGAUCCGGAGACGCGCGACUCGCAGACGGAGAACAAGAGCCCGGACGACGGCAACGCCGGCUCGAAGCGGCGCGGGCCGCGCACCACCAUCAAGGCGAAGCAGCUGGAGAUCCUGAAGAACGCCUUCUCGCAGACGCCCAAGCCCACGCGCCACAUCCGCGAGCAGCUCGCCAAGGAGACCGGCCUGCCCAUGCGCGUGUGGUUUCAGAACAAGCGCAGCAAGGAGCGGCGCCUGAAGCAGCUGACGUCGAUGGGUCGCGGCCCGUUCUUCGGGUCGUCGCGCAAGAUGCGCGGCUUCCCCAUGAACCUGUCGCCCGGCGCGCUGGACGAGCCGCCCCCGGGCUUCCCGUACUUCGCCGCCGCCGCCCCCGACGGCAAGUUCGAGUUCGGCUACGGCGCGGGCCCCUUCGGCCACCCGGCCGACUUCUUCCACCACGGCGCGGGCCCACAGCCCGGCCAGCCGCCCCCGCCGCCGCUCGGACCCUUCUCCGGACCCGGGGGGCCGAUGGAGGCGGGCGGACCGGACUUCGGGGCGCUGGGCGGCGACCAGCCGCCGGGGGGCUUCUUGGCGCAGCCGCCGGGCCCCGGGGGGCCCCAGGAGCCCCCGCCGCCCCCCGCCCUGCUCUCGCAGCGCAGCAGCCCCCCCGAGUUCCUCGCGUCGCAGGGUGAGUGUCACUCCCCCCCUACACACCCACCCCUUACAGCGCGCCUGACACCAACAUCGACGCACCAUUGA